CUUUUAAUACAAAAAAUGAAGAGUGCAUGUAGACAUGCAAACGAAGCGGUGCAUUUGUUUGUUAUCUGUUAACUGGGUUUUACGAUGAGGGAAAAUCCCUCCAUGAAUUUCUUUGGGAGAAUUCCAAACGUUGGAGCAUCCAACACCCUAAUUUUAAAGCAAUCUGCCGGUACAUUAAUUGAUAAAUCUAUUCGUUAAAUCAAUUCAACGGAUGUCAGGCUUAGUCUUGGACAGACUGCUUGGACGUUCUUCUGUCUUACCUGUAGCGGAUAUAGAUUUAAUUACGGGUUUUUUAUUUAUCCUCACAAAUUAAAAGAACGAAAUUGGAUCAUGUCAACGAGUUAUGAUGAUAAGCUUGGAAUAUGGUUACCGCAGCUUCGGUUGGUUUUUCCCUUAAUGGUCCUCACAGGAUUGGGACUUCGAAUUGGAACUGUUGUUUCUUCAUAUCUACGCCUGCAUAAGAAGGAGGUGGAGGACCGAAUAAGUGCAAUGCCAAAUGAUAUUCUGUGCUCCAUCCUCUCACGACUGGAUACAAAAGAUGCAGUUAGGACAAGCAUAUUGUGUAGUCGGUGGAGUAACCUCUAUCAUUUUCUGCCUAAUUAUUCUUUUAGCUGCCCAUGUUCGAUGGAGUCUGCUAAUUCUGCUUUUGUCCAGUGUAGUUGUACUGCUGAGUACAAGAAUGAAUAUCUGAGUGCCAUUGAUAGGUUUUUUCAAAUCCAUAGAAGAGCUGGCUCUGAAAAGAUCAAAUCUUUCAGACUAUCAUUUUGUGUUAAGAGAGAUUUCACAUGCCACAUUGAGCGCUGGGUGCAUCACCUUGUUGGAUUGGGUGUGGAAGAGCUUACGCUGAAGUUGUGUUAUCAAUCCGAACCGAUCGAUAUCUCGCUUCAGAAGCUUGUAUGCGAAGCAGCAGCACCUGGGCUCACAUUUCUGCAUCUGGCUUCAAGCAAUCUGGAACCCCUCAAUCCCCAACAACCUUUAAAAUAUCUAAAAUCCAUAAAGUUGGAUUUUAUUGAUUCAGUAGACGUGGAGAGCAUAUUGUCAUCAUGCCCGAAACUCGAGUCUCUAUGGUUGGAGUAUUGCUUUCUUCCUUCUAAGGUGUUCGUUGGCGGAGGAAAACAUUUGGAGUUGAAGUCAUUAACCAUUAUCAACUGUUAUGGGAAGGAGUUGGAGGAGAUAUAUUUGUGUGCUGAAAACCUUCGAACCUUGAAACUUGGUUUAGAGAGUGACCUAGCAUUGAAGUUUUCUCACCCUUCCCAUGUCCCCAAGCUCCAGCAUGUCAGCUUGAACGUAGCAUACAGUGGUGAUUUGCUUCACAUCAUUAGCUGGGUACAAGCCAUGUGGCAUAUGGUUUGCCGCGUAAGGUGCCCACAUUUAGCCGUUUGAGGCAGCUUGACAUACUAUUGGAGUUCAAUGACUUGUUUUAUGUGACCCAGAUUGCUGAUUUAAUCAUUCACUGUCCACUGCUUCAGAUAUUGCAUUUGGUGCGAAGGGAGAUAACACCACACAGACCACAUGGUGCAAGGAGUCUAUCUCCCAGAAGUCAUCCUCAUCUUCAUCUAAAAGAAGUAGAACUUGGUGGGUUCUAUGGUUUUGAGGAUGAGAUUUCUUUGGUAUUGUAUAUCCUGAAAAGUGCUUUGGCUCUCGAGAGGAUGGUUUUAAGAAGGAAUUCUAGCUGUACUACAAAAUUUAAUAAGAACAAAGGUUAUACGGAGAUUAGUUGGUUGCGAGAAUCGAGGCUUUCAAAGUUUGAUAAGAGCAAAUCACAAGUUUUACAUCAACAAUUGCGAGGGCAUGCCACUUCUCCAACAGUGCAAUUAGUCAUCAUUUAAAGGGAUGUUUGGAUCCGAUUCCUGAAACUGCUUAUGCUCCUUCAGGGAGCAAAAGCAUAAGUUGAAAUGUUUGGAUGAAAGUGUAGAAGUACCUCUGGUGAUCUAAUUUACUCCUAGAAUCAGUUUUUUAGAAUCUGGGGGAGACCAGCUUCUGAAAACUGAUUCUGAUUCUGCUAUUACUUUAAAAAAGAAGCAGAAGCAUAAUCGGUUCCAAACACACCCAAGUUGUCCUCUUUUGUGUUUGAUUUUUCUGUUUUUACUUGUUUAGUUUAACUGGUAUGGUUUAGUAUGAGUUAUUAUGUGCUUCUUUUUUAAUAAUAUGGUUUAAU